ACGCGGGCGGGCAAUUUGAACGUUCGCUGUUGUUGUGUGCCCUGUGUUGGUUGAGUUACAGUCUGAUCUGCUGUAAGAAGGGGAAAGUAUCUGGAGUUUCUUCAAGAGACUGUUGGGAUGAACGAAGGGACUCCUCGGAGCAUAAUGACGGACUCUAAUAGCAUUGACAGCUCGCAGCGGAGACGCUCCCCGCGGCUGAGCUCUCCGCAAGCUCAAAGUGACAACAAAAUGGCGCUGCCGUCUCUCGCUGUUAAACGCUCAAUCACCGUAAGAAAAAUAGCGCCCAGAAAAACAGUCGCGUUAUCGGAACAGAACAAGGAGAACACGCCGAGGCCGUCCAGCUCUGAGGGCAUCCAGCAGAAAAAGCCGAAGGUCUCCACGCCCGGUCCCGUCCCGGGCCGAGAGAGCAGCUCUUCCUCGGCUAAGAAGAAAAAGGCCACUAUGCCUUCACCGAUCCUCCCCUCAUCACCGCCGCCCGCUUCUCACACCCCGCAGAUGGAUCCAGAGGACGCGGUGUGGUCGCAGAAGGUACGCCGAUCUUACAGCAGGCUCAGCGAGAAUUCAUUCAACAGCCCCGAGUCUCGUGAGACUUUAUUCGGCUUUGAGAAGCUGAAAACCCCAGAGGUCCGGAGAGCCGGGGUGUCCAAGUUUGGCCUGGAGGUUUCUGCAGGAUCCUUUACAGGACUGAACUCAUUCACGUCUUUGCUUGAGGCUGAUGACUGCGGUGGUUCAGCUUUCCCCGAGCCGGACCCAGACAUCCCCGGAGUGGCCGUGGUGAAGGAGAGGAGGAGGAGGAGGAGGAAGAAGAAGGUCCAGCAGAUAGACGCCACGGAACUGGACGCUCUGGCUGCAAAGAUGAAUGCAGAGUUUGACCAGGCUGAGGAGUUUGAACUGGUCAUGGAGUAAAUAUUCAAGGGAAAAAAAGACUUGGCAGCAUGCUUGUGUUUGUCACAGACAUGCAUACAAACACUGACUCUGGGAGGACUCUGCUGAAAAUGUGCUUUUCUUACUCAAAACAUUAAAGUUUUAUCUGUUUCUAUUUGUUCUUAUUGUAAAGUUUGAUCAUUUUGGAGUUUGCUCUUAAUGUGAUUGCUAGUCAUUUUGUGGAUGCUUACAGACAGGAUAGUUUUUGAUGUUAUAAUGGCCCCAUAGUUACAUAAACAAGACCAAAAUUAAAAUGUUUAGAUACAUUCACCUGUAGCAUAAUCAGUCAGGAUGCACAAAUAUAUCAGGAUUGUUGACUGGUGCUGGUAUUUUUCAAAUAAGAUGCCUUUCACUGAUUUUUAUCUGGUGUGUGACCAUCGCUUUUACUCUGGCGGGAUCUUAAAGGCUUUUAAAACAGUUGUGUUCUUAUUUUAAUCUUAAUAUGAAUAUUUCAUUAUCUCCCCUGGCAUAAGGGUUGAAUAAAUAAGAAUAAAACAAAGACAAAAAGAAUCUUGUGUCACCCUGGACGCAUAAUACGGGGGGAGUUGUAGCCUUCAAAGGGCCAGUUUUCUACCCUGUAGAGUACAUUUUGUUUCUUUUAAUGUUUUUAAUAGAGGCUGCAAACAAAAGAUUUUGGUAUUAUUUUCUAUAUCUAAAACCAGGGUAUUUUCUCUUUUAUAGAGUGUUUGAAUCCACAUUUGUUGACACAAAGGUUCAAUAGCAGUUGCCAAUACUCUUGUCCUGAACUGUUUUCUUAUGUGUCUUUUCUUGGAAAUUUUCAUGUAAAUAAAUGCUAAUGCCAGAUCUGA